UGGAAUCUUUGCUAACCGAAUGCUAAGCUAUUUUUACAAACUCGUCGAUUAAACGUAUAAUUUUAGAGCCAUAGAAUGGAGGAUCCAGAUGCAGGAGGAGAGGACAAAUUCGAGUCCUUGGAGGAGUUUCAGAUGAUCCUCACUGAGCUGGUGGGGGAUCAGAGUAUGGAGAAGGUCCGGGUGGAGUAUGAGAGGCUGAUCCAGGCUCUGAAGAAGUCCAGAGACAAUGAGAAGAGGCUGAUGUCUAAAUGUAGAGAGCUGAACGCAGAGAUCGUGUCCAUCUCUACUAAAGUGGCAGCAGCCCUGAAGCUUUCCCAGGGAGAUGAGAUCACCAUUUCUUCACUAAAGAGGGAGCUGGACAAAGCAUGGAAAGUGGUCGAUGCCGCUCAUGACAAGGAGAAAAAGGACAAAGAGAGCAUCAGGAAUUUAAAAGAGGAAAUCGCCAACCUGAUUAAAAUGAAUGAGCAGCGGAGUAGUUUCUUUAAGGACAAAGAGCAGAGUGAGCUGCUCAAACUAAAUGAGAACUUGACUAAACAGAGGGACGAGCUGCUGAAAGAUGUGGAGGCCCUGAGAGAGAAACUGAACCAGGCCAACGUGACCCAGCAGGAGGUAGAAGCCAAACGAGAUGCUGCGCUGGAGAACAUUUCUCAGCUCCAGCAGGAGCUCCAGGUGCAGCAGAAUGAGAUUUCUCGGGAGAUGAGGUUCAAGGAGAAGCUGGACAAGGAGGUGAAGCAGCUUCACAACGACAUUGAGGCCAAGAUGGCUGACAUUAAAGCUCUGAACACGCAAGGUCAAAGAGCCAAAGAUGAGCAGCAGAGACUGGAGCAGCAGCUCAAAGAGCUCAAGGUUUUAAAUGAGCGGACCACCAAGGAGCUGGAGCAGUCCCAGGUGAGAAACGGCAAACUGCAGCAGGAGUUUGAGCAGCUCUCAUCCGUCAAAGAACAUCUGACCCUGGAGAACCAGCAGAACGCAAAUGAGCUCAAGAUGAGAGAGGAGGAGGUGAAUCAGCUGCGCCAGGACGUGGCCAAACAAACAAAAAUGAGAGAAGCCAUUCAGAAAAAGUUCCACCAGAUGGAGGAUCAGAAAGCUGAUGUGGAUGUGCAGAGAGAGACCCUGAAAGCUCAGAUUGCUGGUCUGGAGAAAGAUCUUGAGUUAUCCAAAAAGCAGGUUGAAGUUGACAGGAAAGCCAUUGAGGAGCUGAUCCGAGAGAGAGACAUCUUAAAUAAGAACAUGAUCAAAGCUGCACAGUCGACUGAGAAACAGCAGAACCUGGUGAAACUCCUGGAGCAGGACAAGAAGGCCCUGGAACACGAGAUCAACGGUUACCGCCACGAGUCCCAGAAACAACGCAAGAUUAUCCAACAGCUGGAGAAAGAACGAGACCGCUACAUCAACGAGACCAGCAGCCUCAUGCAGAAGGUGCAGCAAAAAAUUGGAGAUGUUGAGGUGAAAGAGAACGAGAUAUUUGACUGGAGGAAGAAGGUCAGUGAGGCAGAGUGUAAACUCAAACAGCAGGAGAAUCUGCUGGAGAGCGUGGUGUCAGAGAGGAACCUCUACAGCAAAAACCUCAUCGAGGCUCAGGAAGAGAUCUCAGAGAUAAAGAGGAAGAUGAAGACCAUGAACAACCAGGUCACCAGACUGAGAGACGAGAUCACAGGGAAGGAGCUGGCCCUCGCCAAAGAUCAGCAGGAACACAAACGCUUAGAGAAAGACAACGAGGCUCUCAAGGUGGAUCUGCAGACGAUUAAACUCCAGCUUGAAGAAACGAAGCAGCAAGUUGAGAGUCAGAAAGCAGAGCAGCAAAAACUGGAGAGGAUUAUAGCAGAUGCUGAUGCUGAGCAGAUCCAACAGAAGAAGCAGCUGGAACAGGUAAUACGAGAGCGGGACAGCCUGGGCAAACAGCUGCUCCGUCACAACGAUGAGCGUGCUCUGCUGUACGAGAAGAUCAGGAUCCAGCAGUCCAUCCUGAGUAAGGGGGACUUUCACUACAGCCAGAGGAUGGAGGACAUCCGUCUGCUCAAGCUGGAGAUCAAGAGGCUCCAACGUAAGAAGAGCAUCCUGGACAAGACUGUCCCCAACACAGAAGACCUGAGACGAGAGCUGUUCCACCUGCAGAGGGAGCUGCUGAGAGAGAGGACGAGGAACAGCGUUCUGGAAGAUCAGAUGAAGCCCAUCAACAUUCACAGAUGGAGACAGCUGGAGGGCAAUGACCCCGGAAAAUACGAACUUAUUCAGAAGAUCCACUCUCUACAAAAACGACUCAUCUCUAAGACUCAAGAGCUGGAGGAACGGGAGCUUUUACUGCAGGAGAAGGAGAAGCUGUACGUGGAGCUGAAACACAUUUUAGCCCGUCAUCCUGGUCCAGAGGCAGCGGAGCAGCUGCAGCAGUGUCAGUGGACCCUCAGAGAGAGGACCAAGAAACUCAAGGCUCUGAUAGCCGAGCUGAGGAUGCUCGACUCCAGGAUGAACGAGUACAAAAGUGAAAAUCAAAGUUUAUCUCGUGAGCUGGCAAACAUCAAGAAGAAAUACCUGAGUCAGAAAAAGCUUCAGAGUGAGCAGAGGUCAAAGGCGAAGGUGGAGCCGAUGGAGCUGCUGCCUCAGCUGAGCAGCAAACCUCACUUCACUGGAGGAGGCUUCAGGAUCGACAACCCUGUGAGGAGACAGUAGACUUUAUAACGGGAUAUUACUGAAUGGGGUGUUUGUUAUUCAUAGACAUC